CUUUCUCAAUACUAAUCUAUCUCUCGUCGACAUUUCGGAGCAGCAUGUUCGCUUGCCCUCUCCUCCACCACCGCCACCGCCACCUCAUCCUCCUGCAUUCCCUCAAGCAGACCGUCAAUUGGAUAUUGGUUCCUCUAGAGAAAUCCCGACGGACCCAAAUCUCAACAUACCCAUCAACAUAAACCUAUCUCAGGAGACAUCACAGACCCGCCCUGUGGUGUCAAGACUGCCGUCUCUUGAGCCCUCAUCCUCUUCCAGAUUGAAUGCUUUGGAGCCGACUGCGAGUUACCAGCAAUACUUGGCUCCAGGGCAGAUAUCGUCUUCCUGUCCUUGGCGGAUAUUGCCGGAAGUAUACCAAGCUCUUGCACAGCGAGUAGCAUCAUUGACAAGCACCAUCCCUCACCCCUUUAACUUUCCAUCGAGGCACACGCUAUCUCGGUAUCUGGAGGGGUACUUCCGUGGCUUUCACGCUCACAUGCCUAUGCUUCACGUGGCAACUCUGACGCUGGAAACGCUGGGUCCAGAACUCACACUAGCCCUCGCUGCUGUUGGAGCGCUAUACCGUUUUGAGCAUGCAAAAGGCAUUGAGCUGUAUCGUGUUGCCAAGGUGCUCAUCAAUCGGCGGUUGGACCAGUUCUACGAAGGAACUGUCUCACGUCUUACCGGCAGUUCUCCAGGAUUUGCGGGGUUCUCCUCCAUCCCCAACGAGUCACAGCAUGAUCAGCCAUCUCCUAUCCUGUCCCAAGGUCAACGUGGUCUACGCCUAUUACAGGGACUUCUCGUCCUCAUGGCCAUGACAUCUUGGGGCGAGAAAGCACUGGUGCGGGAUGCUUUGUCCAUGGCCAGCCAGGUUGCGACGCUGGUGCGCGAGUUUGGCAUCGGUGAGCAUGAGGAUACUGUCAUGAGGGACAUGUCCUGGGAGGAAUGGAUUCAUGCCGAAGAAAAACGCCGGACUCUCUUUGUGGCCUACGUACUCUUCAGUCUGCAGUGUGCUGCCUUCAACGUUCCCCCAAUGAUUUUGAACCAGGAAGUCGGUCUGAACCUACCCUCCUGUGCUUCCGAAUGGGAAACUCAGACGGCGCUUGAGUGGUCCGAUCUUCACAACAGAACUACAUGCCAGCCUCGGUCAUUCCAACACACUGUCGAGAGACUACUCCAGGGGACAACAGUUCAUUACGAGGAUGGUAUCUCGGCCUUUGGCAACUAUGUGCUCAUCCAUGGCAUAUUUCUCCAAAUAUUCUAUGCCCGUAACGCCUUGGGCCCAGUGCCAGACCCAGAGAGCUCGCUCAGUGAAGAGUUCAUAAAGAAGAUGGAGGCAGCUCUCCGUGCGUGGCAAGAAUCCUGGGAAGCAACACACGAGUCGACUCUAGAUCCAUCGUCUCCAAAGGGACCAAUGGGUUUCAACUCAACUGCUCUGUUGCGCCUUGUUUAUAUCCGUCUAAAUGCAAAUACUGGACCGUAUCGGCAACUCUUCACACGAGACCCUACCGUGAUUGCACGUGCUUUUACAGAUGGUAAGAUCAGAGUCUGCAAUAGGUCGCCGCAUCUAGAUAGGGCUAUUUUGCAGUGUAUACACGCAUUGAGCAUCCCGGUGCGCGUGGGCAUCGCGUUUGUCGCUCGUACUCUCACGCUUAAUUGGAGCUUCCAACACGCCCUUUCUAAUCUUGAGUGUGCUUUUCUGAUGACUUACUGGUUGCGUUCGCUCGCUUUUUGUGUCGAGUCGUCAGGAUUGAGUGCCUUGAGGCCGGAUGAGCAGAAAUUACUCGAUAUGAUUGUGGCUCUGAUUCGAGAGACAGAGCUUGCCGAGUUACUAGAUAGUGCCAGGGAUCACGCAAGUCAGAUACGGAGGUUGGCAGCCUGCGUUGCUCGACUCUGGGCAGAGACGUUUAAAGGGUUCCAGGUUUUUGAGAUUGUGUAUAUUGUCGGACAGAGCCUUUCUGUUGUAGCGGAUACUCUUCAGCAAGAAUGAGGGCGGCGGCAGAGGUGCAUAUCAAGGUCACAUGAAGCUUUAUUGCAUGGUUUAAUUGUCGCAUGUUGCAAAUUUAUUACGAUGCGGCGUCUGUGGAGCACUUAAGUUCGGCUGCGCUGACGAUAAUCCAGCCACAGAAAGAAGGUCAC